AUGCCCGACGAUACAGUCAACACAAGUGCGACAACAGCCGAUGUACACCACAUAUCUGUUAAACCGCCGCCUUUCUGGACAAACAACCCGACGUUUUGGUUCAUACAACUCGAAGCUCAGUUUGCGAUCGCUCGUGUGACCAAUGAUGACACUAAAUACAGUCAUGUCGUGACCUCACUUACCGAAACAGUGUUCAACGAAGUCCAGGAUAUCGUAUCGUCUCCACCAACGGCCAACAAGUAUGAGGCCAUCAAAAAGGCACUCAUCGACAGACUAUCGGUGUCUAACAACAAACGAUUACAACAACUACUGCACAGCGAAGAACUCGGAGACCGAACGCCAUCACAGCUGUUGCGUAAACUCCGUUCACUGGCCGGCACUUCAAUCACAGACGAUGUACUGAAAAACAUAUGGAUGUCUCGAUUGCCAACCGAUGCACAGAAGAUACUAACAGUUACAACUGUCGACUUGGACUCACUGGCACGCAUUGCCGACCAACUCAACGAGCAGUAUCCGUCGGCCGUCAACUCUGUGUCUACAAAAGACAAACAAAUUGAAGAGUUGACUAAACAAGUCAAGCAAUUAGUGGCCAGAGAUCGCGGACGUUCAAAAUCUCGUAACAGAUCCCGUGAUCGAUCAAAUUCACGACAACGUGACGGCAAGUGUUGGUAUCACUUCAAGUUCGGUGAUAAGGCCCGCAAAUGUAAUCAACCGUGUAAUCAUCAACAGGGAAACGAGUCGGGGAGUCAAUAA